AUGGACACUGCCAUGGAAGCCAACCUGGACGCUGCUGGCCACGGUCCCCGCACAGAGCUCGAUGACGAGGACUACUACCCUCAGGGCAGCUGGGACACAGUCUUUCUGAUAGCCUUACUGCUGCUGGGACUGCCAGCCAACGGGCUGAUGGCAUGGCUGGCUGGCUCGCAGGCCCGGCAUGGGGCUGGCACGAGACUGGCCCUGCUCCUGCUCAGCCUGGCCCUCUCUGACUUCUUAUUCCUGGCAGCAGCGACUUUCCAAAUCCUGGAGAUCCAGCAUGGAGGGCACUGGCCGUUGGGCACGGCUGCCUGCCGCUUCUACUACUUCCUAUGGGGUGUGUCCUACUCCUCCGGCCUCUUCCUAUUGACAGCCCUCAGCCUGGACCGAUGCUUGCUGGCGCUGUGCCCACGCUGGUACCCAGGGCGCCGCCCAGCCCGCCUGCCCCUCUGGGUGUGCUCUGGGGUCUGGGUGCUGGCCACACUCUUCAGUGUGCCCUGGUUGGUCUUCCCCGAGGCUGCUGUCUGGUGGUACGACCUGGUCAUCUGCCUGGACUUCUGGGACAGCGAGGAGCUGCCUCUGCGGAUGCUUGAGAUCUUGGGGGGCUUCCUGCCCUUCCUCUUGCUGCUGGUCUGCCACGUGCUUACCCAAGCCACUGCCUGCAGGACCUGUUGUGGGCACCAGCCUAGGCCUAUGGCCUGCCACGGCUUUGCCCGUGUAGCCAAAACGAUUCUGUCAGCCUAUGUUGUUCUGAGGCUGCCCUACCAGCUGGCACAGUUGCUCUAUCUGGCUUUCUUAUGGGAUGUCUACCCUGGGUACCUGCUCUGGGAAGCCCUGGUCUAUUCUGACUACCUGAUCCUGCUCAACAGCUGCCUGAGCCCCUUCCUGUGCCUGGCAGCCAGUGCUGAUCUCCGGGCCCUGCUGCGUGCUGUGCUCUCGUCCUUUGCAGCUGCUGCCUGUGAGGAACGGCCUGGUAGCUUCACACCAGCCGAACCACAGACCCAGGUGGCCUCUGUGGGCUUGACUCUGCCAGAACCAACAGCUGAAGGCCAGUCACGGUUGGAUCCCUCGGUCCAGCCUCAGAUGAAUCCCUCUGUCCAGCUACAGUCAGAUUCUGUGGUCCAGCCUGAGGUGAGCCCCUCAGUCCAGCCACAGUCAGAUUCUGUGGUCCAGCCUGAGGUGAGCCCCUCAGUCCAGCCACAGUCAGAUUCUGUGGUCCAGCCUGAGUCAAGCAUGGAGGCCCAGGCCCCUGCCUGUGGGGUUGAGUCAGCCUCUAAUCCUGGUGAGGAAAGGUCCCCCAGCCCAUCCCCAGAUCCCACUCCUGGGGCCUCUGAGAACCCAGACAGACCAGCUGUUCCUGAGGAAGAAAGCCCUAGCAGUGUCCCACCAAAAGAGGCCCCCAGCACCGGCCCUACUUGA